UUCAAUGAUUGUUCUUCAGUAGACACAAGAUAACAUUUUGUAUUUGUGAGAAGUUUAUUCAUUUGAGAGAGAAACCACCAUGGCUGAUGCAGCUCUAAUCAGUGGAUUGCUUUCAAACUUGGCACCUCUGAUUCAGGAUGAGUUCUCGUUGGUUUGGAGUUUUAAGGAGGAGGUUCAAAAGCUAUCCAGCACGCUGUCUUCGAUUAGUUCCGUACUUGAGGAUGCAGAGAGAAAGAACGUGCAGGAGAAGGACAAACAAACGGAAGAUUGGCUGCGGAAACUGAAAGAUGUGGCGUACGAGGUUCGAGACAUCAUGGAUGACUGCACCUUUGAAGAUCUUCGUCUUCAAGUCAACAGGCAUAAUGCCUCCUCUUCAACCCUGAUCCAGGUAACCAACUCAAUAACCCGUCCUUUUAGAAGUACUAGGACACGUCGAAAAGUUGGUCACAAAAUUAAAGAUGUUCAAAAGAAGCUGGGCCAAAUUUCUUUAGAACGUCAAACGUUACAUUUGCGUGAAUCUAUUCCUGACUCAAAAAGAGACAAGUUUACUAGUCGUUGGCGUGAAACCAUAUCUCUUUCUAGUUGUAAUCAAGUUUAUGGGAGAGAUGAGGAGAAGAAAAAGAUUAUUGAUAUUCUGGUCAAUAAUACAUCUGGUGCUUGUGUUGAUAAAAAACCAUCUGUUCUACCCAUUGUUGGAAUUGGGGGUCUUGGUAAAACAACACUUGCCCAAACUGUCUUCAACGACGAGGAGAUUACUAAGCAUUUUGAAACCAAAAUCUGGGUUUGUGUUUCUGAUGAAUUUGAUAUUCAAUUGGUGAUGAAAGCCAUCUUGGAAGAAAAGGCGGAAGCACGUUCGGAAGAAUUGCAGAAAAAAGUUAGAGAAAAAUUGAGUGGGAAAAGAUAUUUAAUUGUAUUAGAUGAUGUUUGGAAUGAAAACAUUGAGGAAUGGGAUCAGUUGAGAUCUAUCCUGGAUUGUGGAUCAAAUGGUGGCGUUUGUCCUAACCACGACACGGAAAAGAAAUGUGGCAAAAAUUAUGGAAACGAUUCAAUAUUUUCAGAUAUCAUUGCUCUCUAACGAGGAU